AUGCUGACAACAAAGACACACGCGCGCGCGCGCGUGCGCGAUUCUCGCUCUCCGUUCCGUUGCUUGUUGUGUCCAGAUCCCAAGGGCUACCUCCCGAUCCAGCGAGCUGCCGCUAACGGGCUGACGGCCGCGCUAAGAGAGCUGCUCAGCACCAGCAGCACCACCAUCAACAAGAGAAGAAAAAGAGGGAUCGGCAAGAUCGACCUCGAUGCGACGGUGCCACAGAGCGGGAAGACGAUGCUUCUAGGGGCCGGAGCUAGCGCCUCCCUGGCGGAUAGGAGAGGCUGGACUGCCCUCCACUUCGCCUCGUGGAAAGGGCAUCUUCGUGUUGUUUGGGAGUUGCUGGGAGCGGGGGUGCAUUCGGCGCCGCUCUCGGACAAGCUGUGGACGCCGUUGCUGGCAGCGGCGUUGGGGGGGCACUCGGUGAUUGUGCGGCAGCUUAUCGGGGCCGGGGCAAGCGUGUCGGAGAGGACGUCGAAAGGCUGGAAUGCCCUGCACAUGGCGUCGCAAGCGGGACACACCGACGUGGUGCGAGCGUUGCUGGUGGCCGGCGCCGACGUGGACACCGUGGGGGACAAGGGUUGGACGGCUCUCAUGACGGCGGCCGCGGAUGGAAACGGGGAGAUUGUCAGAGAGCUGCUCGACAUGGGGGCGGAUUUCGACGUCCGCAACGACAAGGGGUGCACAGCGCUUAUCAUGGCCUCCCGCAACGGCUUCGCAGACGUGGUUCGGAGCCUCCUCGAGGUCGGGGCCGACACGACCGCCAAGAUGACUGGCGGCUGGACGGCUCUCUCGGCGGCGUGCGCGGGGGGGCACGACCUGACGGCCAAGUACCUGCUCCGGGCGGGGGCGGACCCCAACGAGCAGGACGAUCUGGGCCGCACCCUACUCCACGACGCGGCGGAGGACUGCCGCUGGGACGUCGUCAGAGAGCUCCUGCGGGCGGGAGCGGACCCCAACGUCGUGACGAACGCGGGGGAGACGCCGUUGUCUUUGGCCGGGCUGGGCGGAAGCUUCGAGGUCAUGAGGGAGCUGCUGCAGGCGGGGGCGGAGCCUCUAGCCGCAGCUCCGAGGGCGGCGGCGAUGACCCCGCGCAUGCCGGCGAAGGGCGUCUCGCCCUCGACCAAUUCAACCAUCAGCACAGCUAGUUCAUCCGAGAAAUGGAGGGACUACCGCUUUAAGGCAGAAGCGGCGGCGUCGGGGGUGUGUCCGUCAGGCACGGAGCAAUCUCCCGGCGAACACACGACGCAGCUGCUGCACCUGGGCGCGAAGCAGGGCAAGCACCACCCGUUGCUCCUCGAGCUGCGGCGCAACACCGCCCCCCCGGAGUUCCCGGGAGCGAGGCGGUAUCUGGACAUCACCACUCCGACGUCCAGGCGGAGAGAGAGGGGAUCGACCAGCGGCGGCUCUGGUAGGGGGCCGGGAUGGUUGAUGCAUAGCGCGUCGGCGUAGUAUGCAUAGCUCAGCUCUGUCGUUUAGUUACCGUCGAUGGCACGGAGGAUUGCGGUGCCGAAACACUCCUCUGCAGGAGCGCCACGGCGGGUUGCAACGCGGUCGUUCGCAGGGCAGGCAGAGAUCCCCCGACACCGUUGCGUGUUGAUGGUGUUUGAGGGGGCACAGAGCCACCACCACGUCGUCACGGAUUGCUCUUCUUCCCGAUUGUAGUAUACAACGUGUGGUAACAUAUAUCCCUACUGUCUUUAUUGACACGUGGCAGCAAGAGAGGGAGAGGCGGAGGUGCUUUGCGUAUGUAUAUAUGGCAAUUUGUCGGUGGUAUAGUUUAGGGGAGGCACUCGUUACUAUUGUUGUGGAAAUCGUGCUCUUUCGAUGAACGGCGGCCCGCGGUGCGGAGACGUGUUGUAUGGAGGCGGCGUCGUUAUGGAAUUUAUUUCGCGUCUUCUGGCAACAGCCGUGGCCCCACAGAGUAUGGAACGGAAUCACUCAUUCAUUGUAAUUGCACGUGUUGUGUAUACUGGCGUGUUCCACGGUUUAUUCCCGGAUUUCCUUGUUAUGUCGCGGUCGCCGGUGACGGGAUCGAUCGUCGUCAGCGGCGUUAGAGGUAGGUACUGCUGUGCUUGCUGGGAAUUGGGCCAUUUGGCCACCGAUCAUGGGUGAGGGUAUUGUCUAUUGCUUGUUGCGUAGUUCGCAGCAAACAUAGCGAGUGCUUGAUACGUUCAGCAGUUGUACGGGCCACACCACUUUAUACAUACGUCGAGUGGUACUAAGUUAUUUAGUGCGCCAUUAAGAAGGCAAAAAAAAAGACAAAAUGAAGACCAUGAAUAUGAC